AUGCCGGGACAACGCGAAGAAGAUGAUGUUAAGGGCUUGUCGGCGACGGUUAGUAUCGGCGUCACCGUCGCCGACACACUAAUCCAACGCCGACGCGCCAUCCCCGCCGCCGCCGCCGCCGCCAUGUCGCCGCUCGCCCGCUCGCUGCUCGCGCUCGCCGCGCUGCUCGCCGCCGCCGACGCGAUACCAAAAUUACCAAACCCUUUUUGUGACUCACUGAGCAUAGGCAAAGAAUAUAUUGGCAACCGAGAUGAUAGUAUUAAAUUCAAGCUUACAGUAUCUGGUGAAUUUUACACGAUCAUUCCUGAUAAAUGCACCAGACCUGGAAGAAGGCUGCUACACCAGUAUCUGAGGGUCUGUAACCCGCCGAACAACAAGCCCAGCAUCAGCUUGGUGAAGAGCAGCGACCCGUACACCGCCAUCACCCUCGACUGCCCGCGGGACGUGCCCGGGUGCACUAACCUCGAGUUAAACGUGCGGCAGGAUUGUAAAAUGCUCUCCGGACCGUAUGUGCUGCCGGAGGGACCUGGACCGGAACCGGAAGAUGACGAUAUGUAA